AUGCAGAUCUUUGUCAAGACCCUCACCGGCAAGAGCAUCACUCUGGAGGUGGAGAGCUCGGACACCAUCGACAAUGUCAAGGCUAAAAUCCAGGACAAGGAGGGCAUCCCUCCGGAUCAGCAGCGCCUCAUCUUCGCCGGCAAGCAGCUGGAGGAUGGCCGCACUUUGGCUGACUACAACAUCCAGAAGGAGUCCACCCUCCACCUUGUCCUCCGCCUCCGUGGUGGUCAGUGA